GGAUCGAGAGAGAGCCGGGAGAGAGAGAGCGAGAGGCUGCAAUCUCCUCCCUGAAUCGCGCACAGCGCUGCAGAUCCCACAGCUCCGACAUGCGGGCCGAAUGCAGGUGAGGAAAGGCACGGACUCUGCGGCUGCUAACCCAAACUUGGGCACCGCGCGGGCGCACGGUUCAACCCUCGCCCCCGCGGGCGAACGGCUGCUGCGGUUUCAGGCGGCGGCUUCGUGACUAAUGACCUUGCGCAGAGUUGUUAAGAAAAAAGAGAAACCCGAGCUCUCCGAGGGUGAGAAGCGACUGACUCCGGGUGUCUCUGAAGAUGGCUCUGGCUGCUCUUUGGCGCGCCGGGGGAAUCCGGACGCGGACCGCGCUGUGACGCGAGUAGUCUUCACUGCACCGUGCCCGAAGCGACCUGCUGGGGAUUUUUUCAUUCUGUUGACUGGCUUCUCCGCUGCCUGAGAGGAGUCAGAGUUGAGACUGGCUUGUUGCUGGCCCCGGAGCCUCCUGCAGGAAGCGACUCACAUUUGCUUGGGCAUCCAUAGCCGGAGCAGGGGCUGGGUCUAGAGUGAGUGGCUGAACGUGAAUUGGACUCAACUCGAGUAGCAGCAAAGACCAGCGUGGCUGGCAGGCGGGGGAGGCUGUAGGCUUGCUACCCGCGGCUUCCCGGUUCCACCGCCCGCCUGCUGAAGCGAUUCUGGCCCCUUCCAACAGAGCGGGGAACCGAGCCGGGGAUCCUCCUCCCGCUGCGGGGAUGACUCUGGGGGGGCGCCCAACCCGCGGCGCGCAGUGUCCCGUGAACUGUGAGUACUGCGACUGAACCGCGGCCGGCGAGCGGGCGAUUAGCACCCAUUGCAUGAAUUAUGAAACAAUAACUUUCGGAAGAAGCAGGAGGAAGAAAAAGAAGGAUCUAUCGCUACCCCCACCCCAUAGGCCGACUCUACAAGCUGCUUUUGCCCCCUCCUUCCCCUCCCUCUCGUUCCUUCCUUUCCCGGAGAGGAGAGAGGACUGGGGGAGGGCAGGCGGUCAGCCCCGGAGGAGGGGGGCGCCGAGGGGGCUGUGGUUAGAAGGAACAGUAGCAGCAGCAGCAGGAGAAGAUGCUGAGGAUGCGGACGACGGGAUGGGCGCGCGGCUGGUGCUUGGGCUGCUGCCUCCUUCUGCCGCUCUGGCUCAGCCUGGCGGCGGCCAAGCAACUCCUCCGAUAUCGGCUGGCGGAGGAGGGCCCCGCCGACGUCCGGAUAGGCAAUGUCGCUUCGGACCUGGGCAUCGUGACCGGCUCGGGUGAGGUGACUUUCAGCCUUGAGUCGGGCUCCGAGUACCUGAAGAUCGACAACCUCACCGGUGAGCUGAGCACAAGCGAGAGGCGCAUCGACCGCGAGAAGCUCCCCCAGUGUCAGAUGAUCUUCGACGAGAAUGAGUGCUUCCUGGACUUCGAGGUGUCGGUAAUAGGACCCUCGCAGAGCUGGGUGGACCUGUUUGAGGGUCGGGUCAUCGUGCUCGACAUCAACGACAACACGCCCACCUUCCCGUCUCCGGUGCUCACGCUCACGGUGGAGGAGAAUCGGCCUGUGGGCACGCUGUACCUGCUGCCAACCGCCACCGACCGUGACUUUGGCCGCAACGGCAUCGAGCGCUACGAGCUGCUCCAGGAGCCCGGGGGCGGCGGCAGCGGUGGAGAGGGCCGGCGCUCUGGGCCAGCCGACAGCGCCCCCUACCCAGGGGGCGGCGGGAAUGGCGCGAGCGGCGGCGGCCCUGGAGGCUCCAAGCGGCGGCUGGACGCUCCAGAGGGCGGCGGCGGAACUAACCCUAGCAGCCGCAGCAGCGUGUUCGAGCUUCAGGUGGCUGACACCCCGGACGGCGAGAAGCAACCGCAACUGAUCGUGAAGGGGGCGCUGGACCGCGAACAGCGCGAUUCCUAUGAGCUGACCUUGCGGGUGCGCGACGGCGGCGACCCGCCUCGAUCUUCCCAGGCCAUCUUGAGGGUGCUCAUCACCGAUGUGAACGACAACAGCCCCCGCUUCGAGAAGAGCGUGUACGAGGCUGACCUGGCUGAGAACAGCGCCCCUGGGACCCCCAUUCUGCAGCUGCGCGCCGCCGACUUGGACGUAGGGGUCAAUGGACAGAUCGAGUACGUGUUUGGGGCGGCCACCGAGUCCGUGAGACGACUACUGCGCCUCGACGAGACGUCGGGAUGGCUCAGUGUCUUGCACCGUAUAGACCGCGAGGAGGUGAACCAGCUGCGAUUCACAGUCAUGGCCCGAGACCGUGGGCAGCCCCCCAAGACAGACAAGGCCACCGUGGUUCUCAACAUCAAGGAUGAAAACGACAACGUGCCGUCCAUAGAAAUCCGCAAGAUCGGGCGCAUCCCACUUAAGGACGGGGUAGCCAACGUGGCAGAGGACGUUCUGGUCGACACCCCUAUUGCUCUGGUACAGGUGUCAGACCGAGACCAAGGGGAGAAUGGGGUAGUGACCUGCACAGUGGUGGGCGAUGUGCCCUUCCAGCUCAAGCCGGCCAGCGACACAGAGGGCGACCAGAACAAAAAAAAGUACUUCCUGCACACGUCGGCUCCUCUAGACUAUGAGACCACCAGGGAAUUCAACGUGGUCAUAGUUGCGGUGGACUCUGGCAGCCCAAGCCUUUCCAGCAACAAUUCCUUGGUGGUCAAGGUUGGAGACACCAAUGACAACCCACCGGUCUUUGGCCAGUCAGUGGUGGAGGUUUACUUCCCAGAAAACAACAUACCUGGCGAAAGGGUGGCCACUGUGCUGGCAACAGAUGCUGACAGCGGAAAGAAUGCAGAGAUCGCCUACUCGCUGGAUUCAUCAGUGAUGGGGACCUUUGCCAUUGAUCCCGAUUCUGGGGACAUCCUGGUCAAUACGGUGCUGGACCGCGAGCAGACUGACAGGUAUGAGUUUAAAGUUAACGCCAAAGACAAAGGCAUCCCUGUGCUGCAGGGCAGUACCACGGUAAUUGUGCAGGUGGCUGAUAAGAAUGACAAUGACCCUAAGUUUAUGCAGGACGUCUUUACCUUUUAUGUGAAAGAAAACUUGCAACCCAACAGCCCAGUGGGAAUGGUCACCGUGAUGGAUGCUGACAAGGGACGGAAUGCAGAGAUGAGUCUGUACAUAGAGGAGAACAGUAACAUUUUUUCUAUUGAAAAUGACACAGGUACCAUUUACUCUACCAUGUCUUUUGAUCGGGAACAUCAGACCACAUACACUUUCAGAGUCAAGGCUGUAGAUGGGGGAGAUCCCCCCAGAUCUGCCACAGCCACAGUCUCUCUCUUUGUGAUGGAUGAAAAUGACAAUGCUCCCACAGUUACCCUUCCCAGAAACAUUUCCUACACUUUACUGCCACCUUCAAGUAAUGUCAGGACAGUAGUAGCUACAGUGUUGGCAACAGACAGUGAUGAUGGCAUCAAUGCAGACCUGAACUACAGCAUUGUGGGAGGGAAUCCCUUCAAGCUGUUUGAGAUUGAUCCCACCAGUGGUGUGGUUUCCUUGGUGGGAAAACUCACCCAAAAGCAUUAUGGUUUGCACAGGUUGGUGGUGCAAGUGAAUGACAGUGGGCAGCCUUCCCAGUCUACCACCACCCUGGUGCAUGUUUUUGUCAAUGAAAGUGUUUCAAAUGCAACUGUGAUUGACUCUCAGAUAGCCAGAAGUUUGCACACCCCACUGACUCAGGAUAUAGCUGGUGACCCAAGCUAUGAAAUUAGCAAACAGAGACUCAGUAUUGUCAUUGGGGUGGUUGCUGGCAUUAUGACAGUGAUUCUAAUAAUUUUAAUUGUCAUGAUGGCAAGGUACUGCAGGUCUAAAAAUAAAAAUGGCUAUGAAGCUGGCAAAAAAGAUCACGAAGAUUUUUUUACACCCCAACAGCAUGACAAAUCUAAAAAGCCUAAAAAGGACAAGAAAAACAAAAAAUCUAAGCAGCCUCUCUACAGCAGCAUUGUCACUGUAGAAGCUUCUAAACCAAAUGGACAGAGGUAUGAUAGUGUCAAUGAGAAGCUGUCAGACAGCCCAAGUAUGGGGCGAUACAGAUCUGUUAAUGGUGGGCCUGGCAGUCCUGACCUGGCAAGGCAUUACAAAUCUAGUUCCCCAUUACCCACUGUCCAGCUUCAUCCACAAUCACCAACUGCAGGAAAAAAACACCAGGCUGUACAAGAUCUACCACCAGCCAACACAUUUGUGGGAGCAGGAGACAACAUUUCAAUUGGAUCAGAUCACUGCUCUGAGUACAGCUGUCAAACCAAUAACAAGUACAGCAAACAGGUGGAUACAGUGCAGACCACGAACCCCCCUGGCCACAUUGAGGAAUCGUGUAAAAUGAAUCCAUUUCGUAGAGUGACGUUUUCUGUUGUGAGUCAGCCUCAGGACCCACAUCAGGGGUCACUGCAGAGUUGCUAUGACAGCGGGCUGGAGGAGUCAGAAACACCAAGCAGUAAGAGUUCAUCAGGGCCAAGACUGGGUGCCCUUCCACUCCCAGAGGACAACUAUGAAAGGACCACGCCGGAUGGCAGUGUUGGUGAGGCAGAGCAUAUGGAAAAUGAUUCAAGGCCUCUUCCAGAUGUAGCCCUGACUGGAAAAUGCACUCGAGAGUGUGAUGAGUACGGCCACUCAGAUUCCUGCUGGAUGCCUGUCCGCACUUCUCCAGAGAGGAAGAAGAGCCAACCCAAACUCUCCACUUUCAUGCCGGUCGAUGAACGAGGGAGCCAGGAAAAACUGGCUAAUGGCGAGGCCGCCAUCAUGGGUGACCGCAACAGAAACCUCCUGAACAAAAAGUUGACCUCGUCCUAUGAGACCUUCAGUGCAGCCAGUUUCAGCAAAAAUGAGGAAGCCAACCCUGAGGAUAUUCCCCUGACAAAAACAGGGGAAUAUAAGCCAUCUCCUGUCAAUACUCUCACUAGAAGAGAAGUAUACCUGUAGGCUAUCAAGGAGCAACAGCAAAGUGCUUUUCAUGUAUGAGAAGGAGAAUGAGGGGCAAAAAACCUUACAAAGCAAAACCAUUUAAUCACAAAGAGGGGGCUACCAAAGAGACAAAGCUUUGCCUGCCACUUCUGCCUCCAGAUCAGGCCUUUAGCGAUACCGUUAGCCUGAUUACAAUGUACAAUGUAGACUCCAUCCUUGUUACUUGCAUGUCUAACCCUCUCACUGGUCCCCAACACCCACUUUCUCUUCCCCACUCCCUUCCAAAAAGAAAAAAAGAGAAAAGAAAAAAAAAAGAUGGUUGCAAGUUCCUUUCAUGGUAACAAGCCUGAUCAGCAGAACACAACACACUCUCAUUAUCCCUAAGCUGAAGCAUGAUUUUAGUCACUUUGAUUUUGUUCGAGUGUCAUCCGGCUAGUUAAAAAAAAAAAGCAGAAGGUAAAUUAUAUUCAGAAAUACCCUCAAUAUGGUUUAUCAAAUAUCAAAGGCAAUCCUUUGAAAGUGAUAACAACCCUCUAAAGAUACAGUCCUCACAAAGGUGGACUCUCCUCAAAUGCAUUCCGGGAAGAUCACAGCUUUACUAUUCUAGCAAAGACUAAGAGCAAAACAACACUGAAGGGGGAUCGCAGUCCCAAACUGGCAUUAUGUUGUUAUUUUCAGGUCAAGAGCAUCAACUUCAAUUCCAUACAUUCACUCAAGAUUCUCACACAAUCUUGAUUACAUAUAUCAAUUACACUAAUUAUUACUUGUAAAAAAUAUUUUUUUUUCAGAACAGGACCAUAAUUAUCAACUAACUUGAACAAUUUUGUCAUUAUGAGGCCAAAGAUCAUAUGGCAGAUCAGGGAAAUCAUGAAGUUGAUUUAGUCUUGGCGUGGAAAUCCAUUAAACAACAAAAGCAACGGAACCCAUACACAAACAGAAAUACUCAAAUACUAGUUUAGUUUAUAUGUCUCUAUGCCCAGAAAACAUCUUACUUCUUUUAAAAUGGAUUUAUUUCAAAGCUCAGAAAAUGAGAAAAAAUGAGAGAUAUUUUGUUACUGUAAUAGUCAACAUGUUGAGGUUCAAGUUUAAUUUCAGAUAGUAUUAUCAGGGAAGAUUGCACUUUUUAAAGUCAUAAUUAUGGGUAGUCAGGUAAAGAAAGAAAGAUACAUUGGUGUAUGGUCUAAGUAGUUAAGUCCACUGGUAUCCUUUUAGAAUCCCAGCUCUGCUUGCUGGUUUUAUUGUUCACAUUUAAAACAACAAUUGCAUUUGCAUCUGUUCAGUAGCACUUGCAAAAUUAAGUGCACUAAUUUUGAAUUCUGCACAAUGUAGAAAUGUUUCAAAACUCACAGCAUUGAAAUACGGUGACAAGUUAAUUGAUUUUGUCACUAAUGUGAUUUGACCAUUAUUUAAUAUAUAUCUUAAAUGAAUCUAUACUGAACAUGAAAGAAAUGAGUUCUGGACAGUGACAUUUCUCACCGUUUAUACAUCUUAAAGUUGGAAAACAUGGAGGUUUGUCAGUGCAACACAAAGAAGCAGAAUAUGCAGAUAUUUAGCCAUUUGCUGUACACAAGUUGAUAUAAAAACUUUAAAAUUGAGCUGGGACAUUCAGAUGAAAGUGACAAUCCAUGGACAGAAUAGGGAAUGACAGGUAAAGAGAGCAAACGUUCUCAUCACUGAAUGUGUGUAACCUGGUUAAGGCAUAACUUUGAUGGCUCUCUAGCAAACUGUAGACACAAAGUAGCUUUGAGUAGUUUCAUGCUUUGCAGAAUUUCUUAGACUACAAGGUGAAGAAGCAGCCUGGAGUAUAGGUUGACAAUUCACCAUAGGUCAUCAAAAUACUUACUAGAAAACCACUUCUCUGUUUGGUGGGAUACUCUUUUGGAAACAUUUCCUUAUGCUCUUUCUUAAAUGGAGUUUUCUUUUGAUGUUAGUUUGUGUAAAAUAGGUAGGAUGAAAACUGAUAGGUAAUUGAAGCAAAAACAUUGGACUAAAAUAUCAGUAAUUGAACAUGUUUAUGUUUGAUUAUUAUUUACACUAUGGAAAGAUGCAAUUCUAGUACUUUGUUAGGAAACUGCAUUAAAGCAGUUCUGCCUUGUAUAAUCUGUAAGUACCUAUUAAGACAAAAUACUUCUAAAGAUACUUAUGAAAUGUAUACAUAUUUUUCUUGCACGUUACAAAGGAAAUAAUUGCAUAACACAGAUGUUCAGCGAACAUUUUUUAAUGUGUUUUUUUGUUUGUUUGUUUCUUUCUUUCUUUCACAAGACACUUGAAACCACUUAGGUAGCUCAUUUCACUCUAUCUUAAAACCCUUCUAUGGUCUAUGAAGCUAAUACGGGUCAUGCUGGACCUUCAAAUUAAUUGGCUCCACCUUUCCCAAUGAUGUUUGCACCACAUUCAGGACAGUCAUGUCAUUGUCAUUUAACUCGUGAACCUCUCUUUAGAACUAAAAUGGGUGUGAAAGAAAAAAAUUCAGUGUACUGUAAGUAUUCGCAGUAAUUCUAGUAGAAUUAGCUAUCAUAACAUGUUUAUUAUAUAAUGAGCUGGCAUGACACAGAAAUAUAUUUUGUGUUUGUAUGACUUUUAUUUUGAAUAGGUUAAAUCUGGUGCCACUCCAUAUAUAGAGUGCUUUUGAAAAAAAAUCAAUAAAAAGAAACAAAAAAAAUAAAUAAAUGAGUGAAUGCAAAAUAAGCAACUGUGCCUUUUAUACCUGUUGUUAUGGUAAAAAAACGGUUGUUGGGUUUGGACAAUGAGGGGAAAUGGGCUAUUCCCAACUUUUUGAUCCUGUAUAUUUAUCCAUGUUUAUUUUCUGAAAAUAAUAAAUAAUAUAUUAAAAAUUUGCCUUCUGACAAACUCAGAUAAUAGACCAGUCUUAAAUAUUGUGCAUUCAUAAAAUGAAAUUCAGGCAUUACUAUGGGCUGCAUAAACUCACUGGAAGAAAGCAUUUAUUUUACAAGUAACACAAAGACAUACUAGUAGGGGUGAAAUCAGUCUAUUUUGUAAGAUAAAAUAUUGAUUUAGAAUUUUUAUUCUUUUUUCUGUUUGGUUUUUAUUCAGCUGCUUCUUCAUUUGGUUGUAAAGUAUAUAAACAAUACUUUUUUUUUCUGUACACAAGAAUUUCAAGUGAACUUUUUUGCAUGCAUUACACACUUGGACACAUUUAUAAAUUGAGUAACUAUAUAAAUUUAUGUGUAUUAAAACAUCUGUAGCACCAAUCUAAAAAUCUACUGCUCUUUCUGAUUCUCCAGACAUCAUUUCUGUAUAUUUUUUGACUGGCCUGCUGCCUGAGUUUCAGAAAACAAGGGAGGCAUUAUUUUUAUGGGAGGAGGAACUAAGAUGGUACUAAAGACAUCUGUCUGAAAGGCUACCCUGGGAAGCUGCCUUAUAGGAAAAUAAAGUAACACACAGACCCGAAGAAACUGCCAAGAAUCCAACAGCCAUCCUAAAGCAGUUGUGAAAAAUCUGAAGACUUAAGUCACUUUAGGUAUAUUAUAUCAGCAAUCCAUAAUGUGUCCUUAAGAGAAAAAAAAAAAGGAAUGAAGCUUAUCAGGAAGAUAAUAAUGCUUGUUAGUCAUGACCCAAGUGGAGGUUUAUAAAACAUCCAGAGGAAGCAUCAUUUUCUCAGCUACCUAGGGUUACUUUCAGACAACUUUUCCGACAUUUUAAAGCACUUGCAUUCAGUGUGGUACGAUCUGUUUGUAAUGUUGAUCAUUGACUAUUGUUCUGCUACUUGGAUGUUGAUAGUGAAGCAGAGAACAAUUUAUCAUCAUUUAUUAUGAGUCACUAUGCACGAAACUAUGCUAAACAUGACGAAAUGUAUUAAACACUCGUCCAACUAUUUAUGAACUCUUUACAUAAUUUAAUUUGCUUUUGUACAGUUUUAUGUAAAUAAAUUGCUUGUCAUUUUUGUCUCUGCAAAUUAAAAUAUAACAUGGUCAAAUGGUU